AAAAAAAAGAAGUGAAAAUGCAGUUAGAAUAGAAGUGGUGUAGAGCCACGUCUCCAUCCAAGAGUAAAACCGCACACACACACAAUAAAAAUGACCAUGUUUUAUUUGUGUGAUGUUCCAUCUUUGUGUUCAGAAACAAUUAAAAUGACACAUGUUGUGCGUAAACGUUCCCUAGCAGUCAGAUCCAGCAGACGGUUUAGUGUUUAGGGCUGUCGGGCUGUAAUGUGACGGUUACGAGUUCGAAUCCCAAUCCUCCUGUACUACCCUGGUCAAGGAAGAACACCCUGCUGUAUAAAUAGUUUAAACGUAUUAAAGUUGCAAAACAUCAUGAGUCACUUUCUAAAGGACUCAGCUAAAUACAGCUCCUUAGGAACAAUAAUGAGUAUCAGAAACAGGGACGGGCUUUCGCAAGCUAGGGGCAGCAGGGAUACGACCCGAACCCUUCAGCUCAGUCUCGGUAUGAAGCGGAGCCGCGCUCCUGUAGCUCAGUUUGUCCCCAGCCGGCACCGGUACCUCGGCUAUCGCGGGGCACUUUGGGGAAUAUCAGCGUUCGGGGGGCUUCGAGCGAGCGGCCUGGGAAUGGCUCGUGCGGGAGCGCAGUCUCUUUUCAUUCCAGAGCACUAGCAGCCGAGCGCUCUUCCGACGUGUAUUUGUGGCGCGUCGCAGAAUUGCGCUUUCCGUCGUCGCUGAGGUGGCGCGUGCGGUGGGUUGUUCGAUGCGCCGCCACUCCGCGCUCGCUCUGGGGAACUCACGCGCGAACGCGUUCAGUCCGGAUGGUACGAACACAGAGCGAGCGCGCAGAGAGCGCCGCGAUCCUGCGGUGAUCCCGCUCCGAAGCCCGCGGAACCGAAGGGCACCCGCGGCUCCUACUUCUUCGAAGUCUUGUCCUCCUCCUCCUGAAGCCGCUUUGCGGGCAGCCGCGUCUUCUGCGCUCCCCCUCGAUUAAUAAUAAUAAUAAUAAUAAUAAUAAUAAUACAGGAGGUGGGAAGAAUGGAGGAGAGCGCGGAGAAGGCGGAGUCGGAGGACGCGGUGAUCAUCGUGGAGAACGAGGCGGAGAGCCUGCCCGUGCAGGAGGAGAGCGCCGCCCAGGAGAACAGCCUCAACCUGCUGGACACCUGCGCCGUCUGCAGCCUGGCCUUCCACAGCCGGGAGCCUCGGCUGCUGCCUUGCCUGCACUCCUUCUGCAGGAAGUGCCUGCCCGCGCCCACCAGGAGCCUCGUGCUGCCGGAGCAGUCGGCCAACCUGCACCCGCACGCGCAUCCGCACGCGCACCCGCAGGCGGCGGACGACGCGGCCAACCCACUCAAUGUGAUCCGCUGCCCGGUGUGCAGACAGGAGUGCAUGGAGGUGGACAUCAUGGAGAACUUUUUUGUGAAGGACUCGACCGAAGUUCCCACCAGCACAGUGGAGCGCACCAAUCAGCAGCUGUGCAUGAGCUGCAGUGACAACGCCGAGGCUACGGGGUUCUGCGUGGAAUGUGUGGAAUUUCUGUGUGUCACCUGCAUCGGGGCCCACCAAAGGGUGAAGUUCACGAAGGACCACACCAUUCGGCAGAAAGAGGAGGUGUCCCCAGAAGCAGUGUGCGUGUCCAACCAGAAGCCGGUGUUCUGCGACAUCCACAAGCAGGAGCCCUUGAAGCUGUUCUGCGAAACGUGCGACCGCCUAACCUGCAGAGAUUGCCAGCUGUUAAAGCACAAGGACCACAAUUACCAGUUCCUUGAAGAUGCUUACAAGAACCACAGAGAGUACAUGGAGAGUAUGACUCUGCAGUUGCAGGAGAAGAAGAAGGCCAUUGAAGACGUGUCCCAUUCCAUAAACAAUGGACUGCUGCAAGUGGAUGAAAAUCGCAAGUCUGUUCACAAUGAAAUCAAAAAAUCCAUUUGUGCUUUGAUCCUGGAGAUCAACAGAAAGGGAAAAAUCUUAGUAAACCAGCUUGAGGCCCUAAUGAAGGACCACGAGAGCGGUCUGAGGAAGCAGCAGGAGGACAUCGGCUUCUUGUCCCGUCACCUGGAUCACGUGAUCAACUUCACCAAGUGGGCAACGGCCAGCAGCAGUGGUACCGCCCUCCUGUACUGCAAGAGAUUGAUAUUGUUUCAAAUCCAGAAUCUUCUGCGUGCCAAAUGCAAUACUUCGUUUGUGCCCCAGAGCACUGUGCGCUUUCAGUGCCGUUCGGGAUUCUGGGCCUCAAAUGUGGAUCUCGGCUCUCUGGUGGUGGAGAGCGCCCCGGGCCGCCCCUAUCAGCUUGGCCAACCGGGCCCGCGACCCGACGGCUCUCCCAAUGGCUUCCCCGCCGGGCCUUCCCAACAGGCAGCUCAGCGCCUGGCUCCACACAGCACGCUGGCCCAGCUUCAGAUGCAGGUGGAGAAGCUGGCCCAGCAGCCGAACAGGCAGCCAGCACCGCCAUCCCACUGGUCCUGGUACCAGAACGUUCGCCUCCAGAGGCCGCCGCCGACCCAGAGGCCCUUGCAGGGAGGCUCCCCAUCUCAGAGCCUGUCCGCCAUGUCUCAGCAGGGCCGUCGCUUUGUCAUCCCUCAUCCAAACCCCCAGAGCCCCACUGCUCUGCAGAACCCAAGUUUCCCUCAGACUUUGAGAGGGAUGGUGGGCAGCUCCAAGCCUAUGGAUGUCUUCCAGAACAUGUCCCGGUUUUCCCAGAAUUCCCCGCUGUCCAGUGUCAGCAGCCACAGCAGCCAGCACUCCCUGCAGCAGUUGAACUUGAUGGAGUCGGCAUACCUGAACAAGCGGAGUGAAGAGAGUGGCUCCUUGUCAAUGUUGAGACCCAACUUUUCGCAAAGCCUGCCUGCCUCUCCACCAUACAGAAACGCUCAAGUUCGACAGGUUUCACCCCUCUCUACGACCACUACCUCCACUGAGGCAAAAUCAAGCUCUACAGUUUGGAAAGCCCCGGAGCCGCAGGCGAACGGACCCCUGGGGUCAGCAGCCAAGCGGAGACGGAGGUCAUCGCCCGGCCCCGUCAUUGUCAUCAAGGAUGAGCCCGAGGACGACGACGACGUUCACUUUGUGCAGUCCAGUGUGAAGCCCAGUCUCCCUGACAGCACUGAGGAUCGAGCUCCGGCGGCCUCGCAGGAUGCCCCCUCCUCAGCCGAGCCAGCAGCAGGGAAGCCCCCAGAACCAGAGGAGGACCCCAACGAGGACUGGUGUGCCGUGUGCCAGAAUGGAGGCGAGCUGCUCUGCUGUGACAAGUGCCCCAAAGUCUUCCAUCUCUCUUGCCACAUUCCCAUGCUGCUCGGUUCCCCCAGCGGAGAAUGGUUCUGCUCUUUUUGUCGAGACUUAACCAACCCCGAGAUGGAGUACGACUGCGACAAGAACACAGAGUCCAAAGCCUUGAAAGAGGACCCCGAUUGCGAAGAGUUCUUACCUGUGGACAAACGGAAAUGCGAAAGACUCUUACUUCGCCUCUACUGCAACGAGCUCAGCGCUGACUUCCAGGAGCCUGUCUCGCCAUCGAUGGUUCCAGAGUAUUACCAAGUCAUUAAGACACCGAUGGACCUGUCAAUUGUGAAGAGCAAACUCGAAGCCAAGGAGAGCCCGAAGUAUAAGAGUCCAAAUGAGUUUGUAGCUGACGUCCGUCUCAUCUUCAGGAACUGUGCUCAGUUUAACGAGGCUGACACAGAAGUGGCAGCUGCUGGCAUCAACCUUGAGAAGUACUUUGAAGAGCAGCUGAAGGCCCUGUAUCCCGAUCGGACGUUCCCUGAGAUAAAGGCGGAGGAUGCUGGAGACUCGUCUCCUACUGUGACCGCAGAUGAGACGGUCCCGCCCUCCAAGAGGCCACGCCAAGCCUCUGAGUCCCAGGAGAACGGCAGCCUGGCGGAUACACCCAAAGCGGAAGAGGCAGAGAAGUGACAUCAUCUACUCGACAUGCAGAAAUGGCCAGCAGUCUCCUCUAAGAAAUACUGUGGCACAACACAAAAUAUUAGUUAUUUUCUUCUCCCUCCAAAUAGCAAAAUAUUGUAUGUCUGUUCAGGAAUGAUUUGCACAAUGCGAAACAUGCAGGGUAAAUAAAGAAUGCAGCUUUUGGAGAUCUCUCAGUGAUCAGAAAUGAGCAUCUUGUAGAUGUUUGUUAUAUUCCUAAGAGGUAAUUUUUCUGCAAUAUUUCAGCAACGUCAGACUGCCUAUCAAGUGCAGUACAGACAGCGCAUCUAUGGCUUUGAGGGUGCUCUCGUGUUGGAAGACGCUGGAGUAUGGAUGGGGUUUUCAUUUCAAGGCACGUUGCAGGAAGUCCUGCGCUGACGGUAGCGUCGCAACACGGGAGCGUAUGUCAGAUCGGGCUUGCAGAACCUGACGUGAGAUCCUUCUGCAGAAACUGCAUGACACCUUCUACUUGCCAUUUUCUGAUAAUUUGUGUUUUUGGAGCAUUUGAAGACUUUCCCUCUUCUCCGAAUGAAUGGUGUUCUUCCGUUUAGUUUUUAACCUUAUUCCUUUGUGACUCAGAACUGGCCAUUUUAUAUUGUUAAUUUAUUUGCGCAAGUGUUAUCAUAUAGUCAUGUCUGUUCUCCGAAGACUUGUCAGUGUACUGUUACAUCUGGUGUACAAGUUGUGCAUUAGUCACUCCUUCGAGAUAGACAUCAGGUUUAGAGAAGUACCCGAGAAUUUCAUUAGUCAGAUGCUCUGUUUUACCUUUUUCCAGAAAAUGGAGUUGUAGGUUUAAAAUUUACGUUUUCAAUCUUAACUCUAAAAAAAAUGUAAAACCAUCUUGUGUUUAAAAAAAAAAAAAAAAAUGUAGUUGCAUGCAAGUUUACUUGCAGCUCUUUACAGGGUAAAAAUAAACUGUUGACCCA